CCCCUGUUGGCCAAUCAUCAUCAGUCUACCGACUAGCACUCAAGUGUAUUAAGCUCAAAGUUGAAGUUUAAAUUCCAAUCUACAAAUCAAUAUGUUCCGCAUCAUCGCUGUGAUCCUUGCCCUGGUUGCACUCGCCUUUGCUGCUCCUGGCUACAUUGAGCCUUCUUACGGACUGGUUCCUGCUGCUCACGUGGUUCCUGCCGCUCAUGUGCUUCCCGUGGCUCAUGUGGUUCCGGUGGUGAAGCACGUCUCGGUGGUGAAGGAGGUUCCCGUGGUGAAGCACGUUCCGGUGGUGCAGCAUGUCCCUGUCGUCAAGCACGUCCCAGUGGUCCAGCAUGUCCCCGUGCUGAAGUCCUACGCCGUCCCAUCCUACGGACACCACACCUACCACGGUUAAGCUAGCUAAUCAGCACUGACUUCGACUCGACAGAAAUAAAUCACAUCCAAACUUAA